AUGUACUCAAAAAAACUUUAAACAGCUCUUUUCAGCAUAGGAACUAAAGUUGGAUUUAUCUUUUUGGAUCCUGAGCUUAUUAAGUAGGUACACUAAAAUGCAGAUGCUUUCAAAAAAAAUGAUGGAAGUUUGGCAAUUACUUACUUAUUUAGCAACUCUCUAUUAUUCGUGAAAGGAAAGGAAUGGUAAAGACAGAGACAGUUUUUGGCAAAAUCUUUUAACUUUUAAGAUAUUAAGAACUAUUUACCCAUAUUUAAAGAUGUUUCAUCUAAAAUAUUUGGUCUGAUCAGAAAUAAUUUAGAGAUUUCUGGUACACAAGAAAUUGAAAUAGUAAAGACUUGUGAAAAGGUGACAUCAGAAGCUGUUUUUAGAGUUUUCUUUGGUCAAACCUCUUAGAAUUUGAUGGUUACUAGCAAAGAUGGAAGUAGCACUCUUUUAGCUCAUGAACUGGUUGCUGUAGUAGUUGACUCUUUUCACAUGCUCCUUCAUGAUAAACUCCUUUUGAUUAAAUUUACAAUGCUUGGAAAAAACAGUAUUAAUAUCUUGCCAACAUAAAGCGAAUUAAAGUUGUUAAAUCGCUUGAAAGAAGUGAAGAGAGUAUGUCUAGAAAUAGUUGAAAAAAGAAGAAACGAACUUUUAAAAGAUUAAAGUUAGUUCAAAAAUAAUUUCUUGGAUUAAUAUUUAAAAGAAACAUUGAUUAACCAAAACAAAUUAAUCACCGAUGAAGAAAUUAUUGAGAAUUUUAUAGGACUCUUCUUUGCUGGAACUGAUACAACUGGAAACAUGACUGGAGUUGCUUUGUACUACUUAUCACUCUAUCCUGAGAUUCAGUAAAAAGCAAGAGAAGAAAUUUAGAAAGUUCUUUCCUCAAAAUGUAACUCAAAUGAAAACCUUGAUGAACUAUUCAACUCUUUGACAUUUGAAGAUCUUCAGUAAUUAGAUUUGAUAAACUCAAUUCUUAAAGAAUCUUUAAGAUUGAUACCACCUGCUCCCUCUGUUUUCCCAAGAAUAGCCGAAAGAGACAUCAAAAUUGGUGAUUUCUAACUCAAAAAAGGGGAUUUUGUAAAUACCUAUUUCAUUUACAAUUUCUACAAUCCUGAUUAAUUUAGUAACCCAGAAGUCUUCGACCCAUACAGGUGGAUGAACCAAAAUGAGUCAUAAAAUGUAUUUAACUUCACGCCUUUCUCCUUAGGCCCAAGAAAUUGUAUAGGUCAGCAUUUUGGUAUGAUAGAAGGAAAAUGCAUGCUUAUCUAUGCUUUGCUUAAUUUUGACAUACUACCAAACAAAAAUUAAGAAGUAAAAAAAAUAAUGGGAACAAUCUACGGAUUUGAAAAGGAUAACCUAGUUUAUUUUAAAAAGAGAAACAUAAAUAAUUGA